AUGGUCAUUGCGGCACCAACCCCUACCCAUCUUGAAAAGCGCGGCUGGGUCCUCGAUAAGUUGCGUCCCCUAUUUACCAAGGCCGUUCAGACCCUCGAAUGCGGUGCAUGCGUUGCAGCCGUCAACGGGGUGAAGGAUGUUGCGAAGAUCAAUAAGGGCUGGGUUUCCAGCGUGGCAAAAGAGCUUUGCCCCUCGCUCGCCAAGUUCCCAGCGGAUGUUUGCAAUGGAAUUGUCGAUCUUUACGGUCCUGUCGUUAUUGACAUCAUCAUGAAGGCGGACAUCUCCGGUGGCGAUGGUAAGAUUAUAUGUCAUGCUGUCGGUGGCAUUUGUCCGGCUCCCGCUAUUACAUCUGGCACCCUCACCUUCCCUAAGCCAAAGCCUGUCAAUGCUGCUCCACCCGCUCACAGCGGCAACCAAGUUGAUGUCCUCCAUCUGUCCGACUGGCACGUUGACGAACUCUACACACCUGGAUCGGAUGCUGUAUGCAACAGGCCCACUUGCUGUCGCAAGUACACGGAUUCGCCUACCACAUUCACUCGCGCUGCUGCCUCUUGGGGUGAUUACAACUGCGACACCCCCGUCAAGCUGACCCAGGAUCUGUUGAAGCAUGUCCCAACGGUUGCCAAUGUCAGCUUCGCGAUUAUGACGGGCGAUGUACCCCCACAUGAUAUCUGGCACGAAACCAAAGAGACGGUCGACCCAAUCGAGGCGCACGCUUACAGUGUCAUGGCCUCUCUGCCCGCCAAGAUCUAUCCCACCGUCGGAAAUCACGAAUCAGGACCGGCCAGCUUGUUCCCAACCCCUUCCUCCGGAGGAGAUAAUUCGUGGCUGUACGCAAGCCUUGCCGACGACUGGUCUCGUUGGCUGCCUGCUGAUGCCGUGAACUCUGUCAAGAAUUAUGGUGCCUACACUGUCAGUCCUACUCCUGGCUUCCGCAUCAUCUCUCUCAAUACCAACUUUUGUUACAGUACGAAUUUCUACCUUUACGCCGACACACACGACUAUGACCCCCACGGUGAGAUCCAAUGGUUGAUCAGUCAGCUCCAGGCUGCUGAGGAUGCCGGUGAGCGUGUUUGGAUUAUCAGCCACGUCGGCCCUUCCAUGGCCGAUUGCUUGCAGAACUGGUCCGCUCUCUACUAUCAGGUCAUCCAGCGCUACUCUCCCCAUGUCAUUGCUGAACAGUUCUAUGGCCAUACUCAUCGUGAUGAAUUUGCCCUCUUUUACGGACCUGGCUCCAAGAACACUCAAAACGCUAUCUCGACCGCUUGGAUCGGACCUUCCGUCACGCCUUUUACUGGCCUCAAUCCUGGCUUCCGUGUCUACAAGGUCGACACCAAAAGCUGGAACGUAUUCGACUCCCAAACCUACAUUGCUAACCUUGAUCAGGCCGCCUCCUGGGAUGCGUCUGGUUCAUCUCCCAACUGGCACCUGGAAUACUCUGCUCGCAAGGCCUAUGGUGCAUAUGUUCCCAUCGCCGACAAUGCUCCUCUGAGCGCGUCGUGGUGGCAUAAUGUGACAAUGGUCUUUGAGAAGAACGAUGCGGCCUUCCAGCAGUACUGGACCUACCGCGGCAAGUCUGCAAAUCUUCAGGGCGAUUGUGCUGCUGGCAGCACCUGCCAGACGGAACUGAUCUGCAACUUACGUGCGGGCAAGAGUUCGGAUGCCUGCACUCCCAGCAAGAUCAACGGCCACAAGAAGCGCCACGAUGAAGCGGACGAUGUCGAGGACCCUUCUGGACUGCACAGUCUCUACAAGCGUGCCGACCCUCAAACCUGGGACAAGAAGUUGUGCGGAUUGUCUUUUUAA